CGGGGGAAACGCGGACCUCUUUUCCCCGAGCGGAGGAUCGGCUGGGGCCGCCGCCAGGCAAGUUCGCCCCAGGAGCGGGCGCCGCUGGCCGAGAUGCUCCUCCGGGACUUGGUGCUGCGCCGUGGCUGCUGCUGGUCCUCGCUGCUGCUGCACUGCGCGCUCCACCCGCUCUGGGGCUUCGUGCAGGUGACGCAUGGUGAGCCCCAGAAGUCCUGCUCCAAAGUGACUGACAGCUGCCGACACGUCUGCCAGUGCCGGCCCCCUCCCCCGCUGCCCCCGCCGCCCCCACCCCCGCCGCCUCCCCGACUCCUCUCCGCCCCAGCUCCCAACUCUACCUCUUGCCCCACUGAGGAAAGCUGGUGGUCAGGGCUGGUGAUCAUCAUUGCUGUGUGCUGUGCCUCCCUGGUGUUUCUGACCGUGCUUGUCAUCAUUUGCUACAAAGCCAUAAAAAGGAAACCACUGAGAAAAGACGAAAAUGGCACCAGCGUUGCUGAGUAUCCCAUGAGUGCUUCGCAGAGCAACAAAGGAGUGGACGUGAACAAUGCAGUGGUGUGAGUCUGCAGGCCCUGGACUCGCUGGCCAGAGGGACACCUUGGUGGCACUGGUGGACAUGGGAAAGCAGGUGGACAUGAGCUAACCCUGAGCUUGUCCAGGACUUCAUUGCCUCACAGGCCCUGAGCCUCCCGCAGGAGAAAUCAUUGUCUUCCCAGGCUUGCCCCUGGUCAGCCUGCGGGCCCAGUCGGCUUGGACACCAGGCUGAGCCCGGCUCACGCUGCAUGCAGCACCUGGGCAGUGUCCCCACCCCAGGCCCUCCACAUCCCCCUCCCUGUCUGGUGUCUGGUCCGUCGACUGCUCCCAGCUGCUGUCUAAAGCAUGCGCACCGGCAAA